AUGGCGGAGGCCCUCUGGCAGGAGAUGAACCGCCUGCCGCACAUCUGGGCGGCCCCGCCGGGCGCGGAGGCGGAGAGCGACCUGCCCGCGCACGCGAGCGAGGGCCUGGUCGAGAGACCCGACGUGAUCCUCAUACCGGCGCGCCAGCGCGCCGACAGGGCGGUGGUGAAGCGGCAGCAUCAGGAGUUCAUCCAUGAGAGCAGGAUGGCGAACGAGGCCGACGCCUUCAAGACACAGCAGAAGGCGAGCUUCGAGAACAAGACUGCUGCCGUGAUCCGCGCCAACAACGUGCGCAGCAAGGCGCUCGCGAUGAGGAGGCGGCACGAGGACCAGCUGCAGAACCGCCGCGCACUCCUGGCCGACAAGCUGGCCGAGGAGCGUCAGGCAUUAGAGCAGGAGAUGAUUGAUAAAGAGGAUUCGACCUUUCACCCCACAGCAGCGGACAGAAAAGAUGGCCGCUCGCGCCUACGAGCUGAAGAAGCGGCGCGAGGAGGGGGCGAGCGGCGAGAGAAGCUGUACCAGCAGUGGCGCAGCGGACUGGACGACGUCCGCGUCAUGGACUCCAAGAUCGUGACGCUGAAGACCAUCGCCGACCGCGAUGCGCAGCUGGACGAGAAGGCUGCGCGCGCGGAAGAGGAGAAGAGACACCACGAGUUCUACGACAAGCUGUGGCACGAGGGCUACCUCGCCAAGAUCGAGCGCGAGAAGCUGGAGAAGGAGGCAGAGAAAGAGAGGAAAGCGCAGAUGAUCAAGGUCUUGGAGAUCCAGCGCAAGAUGAAGGAAUCCUACAGGAAGCCUCUAGGACGGCUUGGCGGCGUGAUGGGCGACGUCGGGCCGGUCCAGGCGUGCGUUGGUGCUUUGGCAACACGCUGGCGUGCCUCUAUUCGCGGGGGCUCCGAGAAAGAAGCUUACGAGUUCGUCACGGCACCCCUGUUCGUCCCCGCGUACUCCACAGACGUGACGGUGAGCCAGCUCUUCAAGCCAGCCGAGUGCGAGAACCGCCACGGAAUCUGGCUGCAGGUGCACGGCUUCAAGGAGUCUCCGAUCUACCAGGAGGUCGCCGAGGACACGACCCCGCUGCCGCCCCUGCGCGAGUGGGAAAAGCUGCGGAAGGUGCUCCGCUUCUAA